GGCAGCGUCACGGCAUCGACACGCCUGCGUCCCGUAACGAAGCCAGCUGGACCUUCCACACCACGCCGCCAACCUCGCACCACUUGCGCAACUACCCAUCCGUGCGCGAACACAGCGAAUGGUACGCCAGCCACAUUGACGAGUUACUGCGCCAGGGCCUGGUGGAGGCGUACGACAGCAAGCAGCAUGGCCCCCUGCGCAACUUUGCAGCCACUAUCAACCCACUGCAUGUUGUCAGCAAGGCGGAUGGCAACCUGCGCCCGAUCAUCGACCCUACCGCUUCGGGGGUGAACGACUGCAUGACCAAGCUCCCCUGCCCGCUGCCCGACCUCGCCUCAAUUCUGGAGCAUUUGCCAUUCCAAGGGGCGCUAGGCAAACGGGACCUCGCAUCUGGUUUCCACCACAUCAAGUGCAGCCCGGAAGCACGCCG